CACCAGCAGCUUGCCCUGGAUAAAAUCCGCCGUCGUUUCGCUUUCAAGACUUUUUCUUUUCCGGUCCGCGUCCAACCCUUGCGGCCACGAGCGACGUCCAAACCGAACAAACCAACGAGCGAAUCCCUCCACCAGCAUCGCCGCUACUACCACCACCACCACCGCAGGAACAAACGAAAUUUCCGUGUGUUCUCACAUGGCAUUGCAUCUUUCUCCUUAGCCACCCACCCACCCACCACGAUCACGACCACGCCCACCACCACUAGUAGUAUCUACACCAACACCACCACCCCCCCACCCGCCCGCGCUCUAUGUACAGCCUUCUCACCACCAUCCCCUCGAGCAUCCUCGGCCUCAUCAUGGUUCUCUCGUUGCUCGGGCGAUUCUUCAAGAGCUGCCGCUUCUACGCGCGCAUUCUCACGUGCUACGUGCUGCUUCUCACAUGUGCGACCUACGGCGUCGUAGCGUCGCUCGCCUUGCGUGCCGUCGGACGGGUCUCGAUCGCCCAGUGGACCACCGCGCGCGCGAUGAAGAACCUGGGCUGUCCGAUCAUGGGCAUUGAGUUUGACGUCGAGGGCGAGGAGCACCUGAACACUAGGCCCGCCGUCUUCGUCAGUAAUCACCAGAGUGAACUCGAUAUCUUGUUCCUUGGCAGGGCGUUCCCAAAACACUGCUCCGUCACCGCGAAGAGGAGCCUGAAGUUCGUGCCGUUCCUCGGCUGGUUCAUGGCCCUGAGCGGAACUGUCUUCAUCGACCGAGGCAAUAGGAAAACUGCCAUCGCGGCGUUCGACAGCGCCGUGAACGAGAUCAAGGGGAACAAGCAGAGCGUCUGGAUCUUUCCCGAGGGCACCCGGUCGUACUUCGGCAAGCCCGAUCUACUACCGUUUAAGAAGGGCGCAUUCCAUCUGGCGGUCCAGGCCGGUGUGCCGGUCGUCCCCGUUGUCGUCCAGAACUACUCCCACGUGCUGCAUCUGCAGGAUAGGACGUUUGAGCCGGGUACUAUCAGGGUGAAGGUCAUGGAGCCUAUCCAAACGGAUAACCUGACAAUGGAUGAUGUCGAGCGAGUCACUACUUCCACCCGAGAGGCGAUGCUGAAGGAGAUUCAGAAGAUGGGGUCGCCCAUUGUGCGCAAGACUCAGUAAAUAUCAAUACUGAGAGUAGAAGACAAGUCGUAGGAGAAGUCGGAGGGGUCUAGUUAGUUAUAAAGUUGCAUGCGGUUGGUGAGUCGUAUGGCGGAGCGUGGAUUCAUUCGGUAGGGUUGGGUUGGGCUGGCACUUCACUGUAUAGAUGCGUGCACUUUGGCGGGCGUUUGCGACAAUUGGGUUCCGUCCGUUCUUAUUUCCAUCUCUCUGUGGAGGUCAUGUAGCAGUGGUAAUUUUGAACCAUCAAAUUUACUUAUCGGGUUUCGGGUCAUGAAUUUUGUCUCGC